GCUCCCUCACAUCUACACACACGCAGAGCCGAUCAGUGCAGGCAGCGCAGAGCCUGGUAAUUGUAUUGCUCCCUCCAAGCGGAAGGAAGGACUGAGAGAGGAAGACCAGAGAAAGAAGAGGAGGAGAGAGGAGAGAUAUAAAAACUUUGAUUUUUUUCAAAUUUCUUGUUUUUUCCCUGGAGGAGGUUGACAUGACAAUGACCCGGUAUCGCCGAUGGAGUCGGUAGGACAUCCAUUAUCCGAGUGUUUUUUAAUGCACUCUGAACAAGAGUAGAAUGAACUUAUCGAAGGGGCCAUUGGUGAACAGCAGCAGUGACGAUAACUCCAAGUCAACCUAUAGUAAAUGCGGCGCUGGCGCCUGGAGGAUGCACCAAAGCUACGAUCCACUGGAGGCCAACCACAUGAGAGACGCACAUGCCCUCUACAACCCCAGGCUUCUCUGCAGAAUGUCCAGUAAGGAGCGCCACCUUGAGUCCAACUGUCAGUCCUCUUAUAUAAAGACUGAGCCGUCUAGUCCUGCCUCCCUGACUGACAGCCUAAACCAUCACUCCCCUGGUGGCUCCAGUGACGCCUCAGGCUCCUAUUCAUCCACGAUGAACGGCCACCCCAACGGCUUAGACUCCCCGAGCCUUUACGGCUCCAAUGCAGGGCCCCUGGGUCCCGCUGGCGGCCCUGGAUCAAAGCGUUACGAGGACUGUUCGUCAACUAUUGGGGAAGAUUCACAGAUUAAGUGCGAGUACAUGUUGAAUUCAAUGCCCAAGAGGCUGUGUCUGGUGUGCGGGGACAUUGCGUCAGGGUACCACUAUGGAGUGGCAUCCUGUGAGGCCUGUAAGGCCUUCUUCAAGCGCACCAUCCAAGGCAACAUAGAGUACAGCUGUCCCGCCACCAACGAGUGCGAGAUCACCAAGAGGAGACGCAAGUCGUGCCAGGCCUGCCGCUUCAUGAAGUGUCUGACUGUGGGCAUGCUGAGGGAGGGUGUUCGUCUUGACAGGGUUCGUGGUGGGAGACAGAAGUAUAAACGCCGGAUAGAUGCAGACAACAGUCCAUACCUGAACCCACAGCUGGCUCUGCCUCCCAAGAAGCCAUUUGCCUUUGGCUGCCUUGCAGAUAACAAAAUCGUCUCUCAUCUGCUGGUGGCCGAGCCAGAGAAAAUUUACGCCAUGCCUGACCCAACAGUACCAGACAGCGACAUCAAGGCCCUGACUACACUGUGUGACCUGGCGGACAGAGAGCUGGUGGUCAACAUCGGCUGGGCCAAACAUAUCCCAGGUUUCUCUACGCUGUCUUUGGCGGACCAGAUGAGUCUACUGCAGAGUGCAUGGAUGGAGAUCUUGAUCCUACGUGUUGUGUAUCGCUCACUGUCCUUUGAAGACAAGUUGGUGUACGCUGAAGACUACAUAAUGGACGAGGACCAGUCGAAGCUAGCUGGACUUCUGGACCUGAACAAUGCCAUCCUUCAGCUGGUCAAGAAAUACAAGACUAUGAAGCUAGAGAAGGAGGAAUUUGUUGCUCUUAAGGCCAUCGCUUUGGCUAACUCAGACUCCAUGCACAUUGAAGACGUGGAUGCAGUGCAGAAGCUCCAGGAUGUGCUCCAUGAGGCCCUGCAGGACUACGAGGCUUCCCAGCACCAGGAGGACCCCCGUCGGGCAGGCAAGCUGCUAAUGACCCUCCCCCUGCUCCGCCAGACCUCCACCAAGGCUGUGCAGCACUUCUACAGCAUCAAGCAGGACGGCAAAGUCCCAAUGCACAAACUCUUCCUGGAGCUGCUGGAAGCCAAGGUCUGAGGACGGGGGAGAAAAAGAUGGAAGGACAGCUAGACGCCAGUCUGAAUCUCACUUUGAAUGACCUCUUGCUCUUUUACACGCACACACUCUUACACACACCCACACAAACAGAGAAAAACGUCCCUGAAGUACGUCUGCUGACACCCCCCAAUGAAUAAACCAGUAUCCUGAACCUCUUACCUGAACCCCUGAACCUCCACCGUCUUUGCUAAAAGGGUGCUCACUUGACCUUUUGCUUUGGGGAAGAUGCUGACAGACUGACAGGACCCCAUAUUAACAAGGGAAGAAGAAAUUUCCUUUUAAAACUAUUAACAAUCACACAACAGUUACCACAGUGGCUCCGAACAUUGAAAGAUGGCAAGACUCGUACACAUUUAAUAACAAUUAAGAUGUUGUUAAAGACAAACACUUAAAUGAGGACACAUUUAAAAAGAAACUGAAGACUCUUCAUUUUAGUUCUGAGAGACUGUAAGACUGCACUCGUGUCUCCUUUUCCCGCCCUAUUUCCCACCAACAGAGUUUUUUAAGUGUUCAAGAAGAAAACGAGUGGAGGCGAAGAAAAAAAAGAACACUAAAGAAGUAUUAACGACGUUUAUUGUCAAAGUACAUGUACAAUGAAAUUUGAAUGGAUGGACAGAAAGAAAAAGAAGAGAUUUGCCCUGCCAAAGAAUGGAGCUCAUCCAUUCAGAGGAUGCCAGCAAACUUUACUGUCAUAACCCAAAACUGUCUCUGGUUUGAUCUUACCGGUGGCUUUCAAUGCUGGGCCUAAACACUGCUGCUGGUUUUCUGUUCCACCAGUUACUUCAUAUGUUUCUGGUUAUUAUGAAAACCAGCAGGAGCCAGGACCAGGAUUGGAAAUCACUGCUGUAAACACUUUCUGGUUCUCCCUAAAUUCACUUCCUGGUUUCCCAUGACUCCCAACUACAACUUUACUAUCUGUUGAGGACCAGUGGCCUCCCAGACCUGUCAGUAUAACCAUAGAUUUAGUGUUUGCACACUUGACAUGGCUGAAAAUGUUUCCAAAUAUUCCAACCACUCGAAGUUUGAUUAAAUGACAGAGUUUGUUAGUAUUAAUUAACGAAAUAAGACUUCAUCUUUACUGUCAGGAAUUAAUUCCUGCUUGACCAGCUGGUAGAUCAGUCCACAUUCUCUGUGUUUAUACUUGUGUUUGGACAUCUGUUUGAAACCUUUUCAGCCGCUCGGUGGCCCAGGUUUGUAGCUCUCCACAAACAAGUCCGUAGAGGUUUCAGUCUGUCAAUGUGCCAUUAAGAAUAGUCCAGCCUGUGCUCAUUACCCAAACUCCAAAAAACUCCAAAAAAUGAUUACUUCAGUACUCCCCUCCUUGCUCCGUCGCACUCACAACUUCCAGCUCAUCUCUUGCGUCAGCACAGAGGUAUUUCUGUGAUUCAUUCAGGGAGUGAUGGAGACGCUUCAGUCACUCAAUGCAAUACAAACCAGAAGGAAAGGUGUGCUGACAAAACUGACUGAAGAACAACUGUCGUUGCUUUCAAACUCCUUAUUUUUCUCUUUAUUUCGAUCUUGAAAAUAAUCUUAGCGAUGAUACCAGUAUUAGGGUUGUAAAUAACUUGUCAUCCUGUAUAUGACAUAUAACACGGCUUUGUUUUUUUGUUAUUAAUAUUGUCUUCUUAAAACUGAAUCAAUCAAUAUGUCUUUCCUUUUUUCUAUCAGCUUGACCACUUUCAGCAGCUAUCAUAUAUAUAUAAAUAUAACAAGUAAUAAUGUAUUAACAAAUCAGCGUUUAUCUUAGAAAACUCUGAGCAAUAGUGGUUUUUAAAGGAAGGGGUUUGUGCAUAUGGACUAAGUCUGCAAUAUUAACAUAACGUGCCAGUCUUAAAUUUGGGAGCGAGAGGAUGAGGAUUUGAGGAGAGUUUGUAGCUUCUCUUUUUCUCUGUGUAACUUGCCAUAAGCUAUUAGAUAACAGUCAAUAUUUCCUUUGUUAGAGAAAGUUAUACAGGAAUAAAUACGGACCAGAAAUGUGCGGAUAAGAUGUUAGUGCUGUAGUGUGAAGACGUAACACUCAGCUAAAAAAUAAUAUAUCCAACAUCCAGUUUGCAAUUUAAACACACUUCUGAUGUUUGCACCUUUAUUGUGACAGGCUCCUUUUUUGCUGUCGCUUUUAAUCUGAUUAAAACGAGACAGUUCUUUGUUUAAAAUCAGAUGUUCAGUCAUACACAGUUUUUGUCCUGAAGACGUACGUUUCUUCAGCCGCGUGUCCAAGUGCCGGGACCAUCAGAAUAACCUAAUUCUGGGCAAAACAUCAUAUGAAUAUAAAAUCAUGACACUGACAGUUUCCUGUUAGCUCACUAUUCCACUACUUGUUGUUGGACACUUCAUUUGAAAAUUUUAAAGGACAUGUUUAUGUGUUUUUUAAUAGUGAAAACCAUCAAUUCUACCAAAUAAAGUCUAAUUUAACUAAAUAAAUAAUAGGUAGCUCUCUGAAUAAAUUCUGCAGGGCAGGGAUACUCAUUUUUUUAAUGAUAAUUUAGGGGCCUCCAUCUGAUUGUGGACCACACAGAAGUCAUAGAAUUUGUGAUUGGUCUCAUAAUGGAAUUUAGCAUUAUAUAUUAGUUAAAAACCAGAUUUACCUGUUUGCAAAUGAGGCAGAUCACUUCUAUGCAACCAGUAGCUUUUUCUACAGUUGUCAAUCUAACCUGACGGACUGGGGCUUCCAAUAUAAUGCAAUGUAUUACAUGUUACAUUCGGGGGGGCAUUGGCCUGCAGGCCACACUUUGAGCAAUUAUAGUAUUGUAUAGUGGAAUAUAUUUCAGACACUGCUAAUUUUCGUAAAUUUUUUCCUGAGCUUGUCUACUAGUUGUUGUUGUUGCACUAAAAAACAACACCACUACCUGUAAGUGGAAUCACAGAAGCCUCAACAAGUAGCAUUUUUGAAAAUCUAAAUUAAACGACAUUACAAUAAAUAAUUAAACCCACACAGUGGUAAAUUUUUUAUAGUGAUUUCCAGACAUUUCUUAAAGCCAAAGUCAAAAGUUUCCUGUUAAAUUUAAGUGCAGUCUGUUUCCAAGAAAUGGAGAGCCGAGCUUACAGAAAGCUGUCAGACUUUUUACGGUCAAAUAUGGAAACAUUGAUUUCAUGGUUACAGUAAGAUUGAACACAGCUUUAACACGUGAAGACAGUCGAGGGAUUUUUUUAAUAUCAUUGUUUAUGUCAUUUCUAAAGCCGAUAAGAAUGCCAAAACGUGUAAUGUAGAAGACGGUGCAAUCUAAUAUAAAAUGGCAACUUGUCACAGCCGAGGAGUGCUGCAGUUUAAGUGUAGUUGAUGUUAGUCUCUAACAUCACAUGCUCUGUAUCAAACAUCAGUAUUAUUAGUAAGGGGUAUUUUCUCAGCCUUCUUAAACAUUGUAUAUUGUAAAUUACAGAUUAUAAUUCUAACAUAAGACAUUUUAUUGGAAACAAAAUCGAGAAAAAAAAAGAAAAAAAUGUAGUUCAGCCUCGAUGUGUGUUUCAUGUUUGUUGUUUUUUCUAUCAAGAAAAAACCCUGUUUGUUCAGUUUUAUCUGUUUUUUGUUUUUAAGUCUUUCUGUUUGAUCCUUUCCUCCUCUGUUGAGUCCUCUAAGGCGUUGCUGUGUACUUUUUCUUGUGGUGAUUCCCGUUCUUGUGCCGUGUGCUUCUUCUUUAGACAACACAGAGUAGAGUAGAGGCCAUGUUGUCUAUCUGUUGGAUCAGUCCGCUGGGGGUCUGCGCACCGGAUUCUCUCUCAAUGAACCGAACCAGAUAUAAGCCUCUUCUUCUAGAAACUUAACUAGACCACCAAGAUCAAAUUACAGUAUUCAUCUUUACCAAACUAUACAUAAAUAAUGAAAUAUUUAGUAUCUAAAUGAAGAAACACCAUACAAGUAUUUAAAAAGGGAUCAUUUGUGUAACUUUUCCUGUAGAAUUAACAAUAUACUGUAUAUCUUUAGGUUUAAAUAACGAUGAAAUGAAAAGGACAUUUGAGUAAUUCAGAACUGUAGGUGACUCUUUUUUGAUAAACUCGCUGUACAUAACUGCCUUCCAUACAGCUCGGCUCAGUCAUCUUUACUGUUUCAGCAGUCAAAAAGAGAAAAUAUGAAGACGAAAACUUUUUCCCCCAUUGUUGAGUCCUGUUUUCUGCUCAUUUCCAGGAAGAUAUCUUGUUUUACAACAAAAAGUAAAAAUUGAUUGCACAGUUAUUUGUGGGUUGAUGGGAAAUGUUAAAGAAAAAGCUCGACAUGUUGAGUUUGCACUUGCUCUUUUCUUGCACUCAUUAUUACAUUGUGGGACAUGUUUCUGCUUUGGCCCCAGAAUUAAGAACUCAAAGUCUACUUUAAUGAACACAUCACUAUACUCAUUGUAUACACAUUUAUAGAUUCUGCACUACAGCUACUAUCAAUUCAAAGAUCUUAGGACUCAUUAAACAUUAGUAUAUAAUGUUUUAGUGAGGAAAAUAUACAUACAAAUUAUUUCACAGGCAAAUCCCUGACUGAGUUUAAUGUCCUGUUUUGAUUAAAACAGUCUCAUUGUUAGAAAGGUGGUAUUUCUUAUCAUCCACUGUACAUUAAUCUACAAACAAUUUGUGAAAGAAAGGUGCUCUUUUAUUACUCACUAUUGUUUCUAUUCUGUUCCUGUUUUGAUUUAUUUGUCAGUUGUCAAACCAAUCCUGCGUACUUCUGAGCAACUCCACACGAUGAAAGAUGUUACAUGUCUCCCUGAGGUGUUUAAGGCUGGGCUGGAUUUGGUUAAAAUGAAACUACUUAAAUGUAUUAAUUAGCAAAUACUGAUAUGUAGUCAUAUGUUUCUUAAUGCAUUUAAAUAUGAAAUUAUUAAUGAAUUGAAAUUAUGUUCAUGACAAGAAAUGGUUCACCGUGUGCCACUUUGUUUUGCCAGUAAAAAAGAAUAAAUCUACCAGCUAAAGUCAGGAGGGAGAUUGUGUGAUUCUUUCGGAGGUUUUCAUAUAACUUACUGCCCAUAGCCAAGAUGAUAAUUUCAUUUAUGAGACAAAAGGUUGUUUUCUUUUGUUGUUAAAAAGCAAUAUUUUGAUGACUGUGCAAUGACGAGACAAGAGUUGCACUUGUUCAUGUUUUGUGUUAUUUACUGUAAAAAUCAUAUAAAUGACAACAAACCAAACUGGUAUUUUCUAUGAGGAUCGUUGGAAGAAGGACUGUCGGGUUUUUGCUGAGCCAUCGAUAGAAAGAGUUUGACCUGGGGAAACUUUGGGCACCAUGUUAUCACCCUCAUCGGGGAUCUUAGAUCCAUUAGCUGCGAAUACUCUGUGUAGCAAUAGUUUAGCUGGAACAGAAGGACGAAGUUAUUUAGGCAUAUAGGGACAAAGCAGGAUUGUCCAUCUACCAUGGCUGCCCCUGAAAUCUGCUAAGGCCAAACUGUGUCUAUCUACAGCUCUACAGUGUUUUAGUCAUUUAGUUGUAUUUAACCCCCAAAUUUAACUGCCACUUGUGCUGCAGAUAACCCUGCAGUCUGAAUUUGCAAAUGUGAAGAAAAUAUUUAAGGGAGAGAGAACGAUGACACAUUUGGAUACAAAUGAUAUUUAAAGAAUCAAAAGACCCUGGCACGGUGGAGAAGAGUUGUGUACGAGAGAAGACCCUGUAGUGUUAUUAAAAACAUGUCUGUAGAUUUUAGAUGUGCUUCACAUCAGUAAAUGAUAAAAAGAAAAAAAAAGAAACAAUAACCUGUAUAUUUUUGUGACGUGUAUCAUACAAGUGUGCUCCAACAAUAAUGUCCAUUUGUGUAAAUGUAUUUAUUUCACAUUGUAUAUAUUGUUCAAUGCAAAAAGAGAGACCUAUGAUUCUGUAACUUAAACUACUAUGGGUUGAAACAUUACAUGUGUUACUCCAGACUAUGCCUUUCAGGAUUAUUACAGUAGAGCAAUAUCAAUUAAAACCAGGCUUCCAGUUUUGA